ACAGUAUUAAAACAAUACAUAAAUACGCAAGUUUGACUUGUAUUCAAGCGUUCAGUUUUCAAAUUUGAAACGCCCGAAGAGUGUCAUUCGCCGUUAAAUGGAAAUGUUACACCAAAAAAUACCAAUUUCCACAUUUUUAACCGCAGUGGGCGAAUCAAUACUGUUGUAAUAGUGAAAUCGCGUUUGACCACAGGACAUCGCUGUGUUGUGUAAAAACGUUGGAGAGAAUAUUGAAAUGGCAGACCAAGAUCGAGGGGAACAUUCACGUAAACCGGACGAUAAGAACGACGAGAAACCGAUGAAAAAGGCGAAAUAUGAAUGGCAGGUCAAGGGUAAACAUCACCUGAAGGAAACCAAUGGAUCCAGUUCAGCUUCAAAAGUAAACAACAAUGAAGAGAGCGAUGACGGUAUAUUAACUGCCAAAAGGCAUAAGAAAGGUGAAACUUGUCACUGUAUCAUCAUGGAGAAUAGUGAAGAUGAAGACUGGGUCUCGGCAAAUGAUGUCUGUGAUAUUCCGGUCACUUUGGUCAAUCCAAAUGUGAGAUUACAAGAGUAUCUUCUCCAUAAGUGGCAAACCAGAAGAUUAGCACGCGGAUUUGUUGACAACACUAUCAAUACUAUUCUGGAAAACUGGAAGAGCAUUCCAGUAAAUUUUGAUGCCAGUGAUUUGGUGGAGAACUGUGAGAAUGGUGGACAAGUUGAAGAUGAGGGAAUAUUAAUGGCAAUACAAUCACAUGGUUUACAGCCAAGCUUUAGCAAUCCAUUACGUAGAUACAGAAAUGGGGAAGGCUCAUUGAAUUUGCAUGUGGGAGAAAUGUCCAGGUUUGAUAAUAUCCGAUUUGAUUGGAAUACUGUGCAGGACCAAUUAGAACGUGCCAGAUCCGCACCUGAGAAUCAUAAAAACGAUAAUAAAGAAAAUGAGGAAAAUAAAGAAUGUGAUAAUUCGCAAGUCGAGGACCCAAUGGAAUUUUUAAAUGCAGCUGUAUCUGCUGCUAUUGAAAAGAAGGGACUUUCCUCCUUUUGAUUGAAUAUAUUUUGUCAGGUUUCAUGAAGACUGCAUAAUAUCAUGUAUAUCGUAGAUCUUUUAGUAUUACUAGAUGUGAAUCUUUAAAUUAACAUUUUUAAUUUUAUAAAUUUUAUGUAUUUUGUUAAUUCUUUUUAUAUAACAAUUAAGAAAUUACUACUUAGAGUGUUUAUAUAUUUUUCUGUAAGCAUUAAUAUGUACUGAAAAACUGAAAUUUGUGUAAUUCAUGCUCGGUAGAAAAUAAGUUCCUAAAAAAUUAUACAAUUAUUGAGGACGUUUUAUUUUUUAGAACUAAAUGUUUAUUUGAUUAAUAAAUUUUUAUAUAUUA